CUUCGACAAUCAUCUGACUAGUCAACUCCCUUUUGAGAUAUAAACAAUCAUAUGCCAUUGUCGUCUGAAUACUUGGGAUACUGUCUGCACCAAAACAAAACUGUUAUAACCUAAGUGCCAAAACAAGAUACUACAGUAUGAAACUACGAAAAUAUAUACUGCCUAGAUGUGUGGGUGACUAUUUAGCAUUUCUGUUCAUAAUUGGAAUGCUACCGUUCGGAUAUUGGUUUGAAGUGUUUUUGGUGUUCCCAACCAUGUAUCCAGCUAGUUCGUUAUGGUACAUAAUACACAUUAUCAUAUCAACAUUUCUUCUUGUAAACAUCACAAGUAAUUUUGUGUAUAUGGUUUUAAUGGACACUAGUAUUCAAGGAGAGGUGAUGCCCUCAACACUUAUUUCUCCAACUUGGAAAUUUUGUGACAUUUGUGAAACUGUUACUCCCCCUAGAUCAUGGCAUUGCAACAUUUGUAAUAUUUGCAUUCUAAAACGAGAUCACCACUGUCAGUUUGCUGGAUGUUGUAUCGGACAUCAAAAUCAAAGAUAUUUCUUGUAUUUCUUAGCUUAUCUUGCAUUAGCAACUAUUUACACUUUAUACUUUAACACCUUCUUUAUUCUUCAGUACACCAAAUUUAAUUACUUGAGUGUUUUAAAAUUCACUUUCCCUCUUGCAAUAUUUUUGUUAGGUGUAGACUAUUCAGUUGAACACUGUUAUACUCUGUUCUACGUCAUAAAUCUGUUGGGAAUGGUGUCUGCAGUUUUUCUACUUUACUAUCACGGUUACUCCAUAUCUAGAGGGCUUGUAAUGUAUGAAAAAUCACACAAUAUUUAUGAUUACGAUUCAGGAUCAUUUAAAGAAAAUAUAUUGCAAGUAUUAGGUGACAGAUGGUACUUGACUUGGAUUUCUCCAUUUAUCGAUUCCAAACUGCCAAAUGAUGGUAUUAAUUGGGUAAAGUGCAAUUCAAAAGUAAAGUGAGUGAGCUAUUUGUAAAAAAUAUUAAAACUGUUUCAUACAUAAUUAAUUACAUGUUUGUGAGUACCGUGUAGUAAAUAUGUAUUGUACAUUAAAUCUUAUUAGCCUACUGCUGCCAUUGUCACUAUUUAUUACACUAAGUAUAUAUGAAGUUUUUUUCUUAUAUUUGCUCUAAAAAGGUUGAAUAGUUAAAACUGUGGGUCUAAAUUUUAGGCCUAGCCUAUCUUAUUAGUCCAAAUAAUAUUCUAUUCUGGUCCCAAUAUUGGUGGAGGCCAUUAGAGGGUUGUGUAAAUUUUCUACAUAAACACAAAUUAGUCUGGUAGACUGUAUUUUGAGGCUUUAAAACACAGACUUCAGUAAAUGUUAAGUACAACCUAAUAGGCUAUUAGGCCUACAUUAUUUAGCAUCAAUUCCAGUUUUAUGAAUUUGACUAGAAUUAAGAUUAUAACUGCUUAUGUUUUUUAUUAUUGUGAAUAUUAUUGUUAUAGGGCUUAUGUUGUUAAUUAGCCUAAUAUAGAUUAUAUAUUUUAAUAGUUUAUUGAUUGUUUUAGCAAUCAGCCAGAUUUAACCAUAGAAAUAACGGGUAGGGUACGAUAAGCGAACCUGGUUUUUUAUAUCGAAAUUAGCAAAUGAUAUUACUUUAUUACCACCUAAUCAUAACCAUCGAUAUAAUCAAUCGAUACUGAUU